CCACUUAGAAGCUAAUGGUGGCCAGGUGACGAAUUUGUUGACGGGUUUCUGGUCUGCUAUUUUAUUGUUGUUGUUGUUUUAUGAUCAUAUCAGUAUUUGUAGUCGUCAUGUACUAUUAAAGUUAUUCGUGGUUUAACAGGCAAAGAAUACAGAUCGCGCUUUACGGUAAUUCUAUAAUAAGGAAGACUACUACACGCAAGAAUGUCACGUGCUAGCUAAUGCUACUUUUUGCUUGUUCAAACUCGACGACACUGCAUUUUUUUCACUUAAAAAGAAUUGCAAUUGCAAGGAAAGACAUGGCGUUAAAAUCAGGGGAGGAACGUCUGAAGGAGAUGGAAGCAGAGAUGGCUCUGUUCGAGCAAGAGGUUCUUGGUGGCCCAGUACCACUGUCAGGAAACCCACCUGUCAUGGAGGCGCUACCUGUAGCUUUGGCUGUCACAGCAGUACCUGUCGUCCGACCAAUUAUUGGCACAAACACGUACAGACAGGUGCAGCAAACACUAGAGGCCAGAGGGGCUUUUGUUGGACCACCACCGACUUUUGUUGGACCAGUUCCUCCGGUACGUGCUCCCCCUCCCCCAAUGAUGAGGCCAGCCUUCGUUCCCCAUAUUUUGCAAAGAGCUGGUGGUCCGAGGCUCCAUAUAAUCCGCGCCCCUCCUGUAGCACCUCCUAUGCCACGGCCUCCCCCGCCUCCACCCAUGAUUUCGACUUCCGUGCAAGGCCAAACACAGGGUGUUUCUUCGCCGAUCCAGCAUAUGACUACUGCACCUCCGGUCAGUGAUGUGAUGUCGGUAGUGACCUCCCCACCCACAAGAACAGGAAUCCCGACUUCCAGCAAGCCGCCUACAAUCUUUCAAGCAGCGCCAACUGUAUAUUCCGCACCUCCUGUCACUGUUGCACCCCGAAAAAGUGACGCUAGAGCUCAGCGGCAAGCCAGAAUGGAGGAGCUGGCGGCUCGGGUUGCUGAGCAACAGGCUGCCGUGAUGGCAGCUGGACUGCUGGAAAAGAAAGAGACAGAAGACAGCGGUGCUGUCAUCGGACCCAGUAUGCCCGAGCAUGAGCCUGCACGCAUUGAGCCUUUGGAAACUUCAUUGGAAGAUAAAAAGGCUAAGCCGAAGUCAGAGAAAGUAAAGAAGUGCAUUCGAACGGCAGCGGGGACUUCCUGGGAGGACGCCAGUCUGUUGGAGUGGGAACCAGAUGACUUCCGUAUAUUCUGUGGGGAUCUCGGUAAUGAAGUCAACGAUGACAUACUGGCCAGAGCCUUCAGCAGAUAUCCGUCAUUCCUCAAAGCAAAGGUGGUGAGAGACAAGCGCACAGGAAAGACAAAAGGCUAUGGCUUUGUCAGCUUCAAAGAUCCAAAUGAUUAUGUGCGAGCCAUGAGGGAAAUGAAUGGGAAGUAUGUUGGCAGCCGUCCCAUCAAAUUGCGAAAGAGCAUGUGGAAGGACCGCAACAUGGAGGUUGUACGAAAAAAGCAGAGAGAGAAGAAGAAACUGGGUCUCAGAUAGCCUCGCACACUGCAUUGACAUCUUUGCAAAUGGACUAAGAUUUGGUUGGCUUCCCCUUCCCCCUCCCAAUUUUCAAUAAAGUCAAAUCUUCUUAGUGCCCACGUGUCCCCCUCCACCCUACCCUGGUGUUUCUCAGCAAUUCACCCAUUUAAAUUGUUUUUCUCAGCAUACAGUCAUCCAAGUUUUGUACAUUCAUUACUUUUCAUUUUAUCGCAAGCUGAGAUCAGAAAAGGCAGAUUGUUCAACUCACAAUUGAUCUAGAAGUUGAAGGCUUUACUUCACUUAAUUCUUUUCAUUUAUAUAAGUGGGACUCAGUGCUCAUUCCCAAAAAGCAUGUUACACUGGUUCCUCUACUUACGAAAGUCUCUACUCACAAAAGAUUCAGGUUACAAAAAGCAUUCCUGGAAAAUUCUCUAGUUACAAAAGAAGUUCAGGAAAAAAAUGGAGAAAAGCUAGCGGAAGGUGUCUGGUGUGUUAUGUGACAGAAGAGUCUCUACUAGAAUGAAGGGCAAAGUUUAUAAAACAGUGGUGAGGCCAGUCAUGAUGAACAAUUAGAGAUAGUAGCACUGAAGAGACAACUGGAAGCAGAUUUUAAGGUGGCAAAAAUUAAGAUGUUUUGGUUCUCUCUUGGAGUGAGCAGGUUGGAUAGGAUUAGAAAUGAGCUCAUGAGAGGGACAGCCAAAGUUGGAUGUUUUGGAGACUGAUGGUUUGGAGGCAAGAGAGUGAGUGUAUUGAUAGAAGGGUGCUGAGGAUGGAGCUGCCAGGCAAAAGAGCGAGAGGAAGACCAAAGAGAAGGUUGAUGGAUGUUGUGAGGGAAGACAUGAGGGCAGUUGAGGUUAGAGAGGAAGAUGCAGGAGAUAGGCUAAGAUGGAAAAAGAUGACAUACUGUAAGCCGAAAGGAAAAGAAGAACGAGAAAAAAUGGCAUUGGAUUCCACCAAAUCUAAAUAUCCUGUACUGUAUCUUGGUUUGAAAGUGGCGUGAUAGAGCCGCUCUCCCAUUGGCCACCGCCGGAGCAUCUUCCUGGCAUUUCAGUGACUAGGAGGGCUGUCAAUCUUUAGCCAUGGCGCAUAUUCAGUCUCAUGGUUUGUGUGGCGCAAAAGAGCAACUCCUCCCCCCCCAUUGGCUGUGGAACAGAUUAGGCUAUUGACAUGUAAAAUGCAUUUCUACUUAAGAAAGUUUCACAUAAUGAAACGACUUCCGGAACAGAUACAUUUUGUAAGUAGAGGUAUCACUGUAUUUGGCCUUAAUAUGUAGAUCUGAUUCCCCUAUCUGGGUUUUAUUUUUAUUUUCUAGUUUUUUUAUUACUUAAAAAAAAU